AAAAAAAAUUACACAAAUAUAUAAGUAAUAGUUUUGGAAACACUCGUUGGCACAUCGAAACGUAUUUUCCCAAUCUGUUUUUGAGAAUGGAGGACAUUCUUGGUCUUCUCAGAAUUCGUAUCCUAAGAGGCAGAAACCUUGUGGAUCGUGAUGUUGGUGGCAGCGAUCCUUAUGUCGUCGUCACCAUGGAACCCCACACAUUGAAGACUGGAGUGGUGAAAAACAACUGCAAUCCUGAAUGGAAUGAAGAACUAACUCUUUCCGUCACAGAUGUCGAUGUUCCAAUAAGAUUAACAGUUUUUGACAAAGACAAAUUCACUGCAGAUGACAAAAUAGGUGAUGCUGAGAUUGACAUCAAACCAUACAUAAAAAUUCUUAAGAUGGGCUUGGAAAACCUUCCAAAUGGCUGUGUGGUAUCUAGAGUUCAGCCAAAUAGGACCAACUGCCUUGCCGAUGAGAGUCAUAUGGUUUGGAACAACGGAAAAAUCAUCCAAAAUAUGCCUCUUAGAUUGAGAAAUGUAGAGUCAGGUGAAGUGGAAGUGCAACUUGAGUGGAUUCAUGUUCCAGGUUGCAAGGGAUUGGAAAUUGAACGUCUCAGCUAAACAUAUUUGACAUGUUUAAAUUCAGGCUUCAUAAUCCUGCGUGAAAUGAGUCGAGUAUUCUCUAUUGUACUUAAUAAACAGGGAGAGGUUCGUAGCUAUUUAUGCUCCAGUGUAGUGUAACAAUGAGAUUACUGGAGGCAAUUUCUCUCUUUUUGAAACUUCUGUUUAUAUAUCAGGCUGAAUCUAAAAAUGUAUGUUUGUAUUUUGGAAACCAUUACAUAUUCAACCACUGCAGUACGCAGUUUGAAGAAA